AUGCACCUCCCUCUUAUUCUCCAGCUCCUUGCUACCGGUCUCUUCACUAUGGUCGCUAUGGCCCAAGAGGUUCUCAACAUCCCUGAUGUCGCUCAGUCUGUGCUGUCCGAUAUAGAGGCCCAGCUCCCGACUGUACCCGUCGAACAAGCCACCAGCAUGGUUCUCGCCCAAGCCACUAUUGUGCCAGGGGCAGAUACUGUUUUGCAGGAAACUGGAGACGUGCCCAACGCUGUCAAAGCAGCUGUGGAUGAUAUUCUCGCUCAAGGGGCCGACAUUCUGACUGCGGUCACCGACAACACAAACUUGCGUCACCGUCGACGUGGAUAUCGCCGUGCGGAUCAUGGCAACCAUAAGCGGGGGGCUGAUCUGGGAAAGAACUUUGAAGACCUCCCUUUUCAGAAGAUGUGA